CUGUUAAUUUACAACAGACCAAAGUAUGGAGCUACACUUUGGAAUAGCAAAUAUUUACCUCUCAAGAUCCCACCCGCUGGGAAAAACAUCUUUGUAACAUGUUUUAUUUUCCAAGCAGUGGAUUCAGAAAAGUAAAAGAAGCUGUCCUCUUGAAAGAAGCUCACUGCAGGACUGAAACAUGAAAGCUGGAUUUCUACUUGUCAUAUUUGAACUGUGUGCCAAUAUGUGUUUAUCAAAUGAAACAGCUGGAAUCCCAGUGGCGGAGACACAGGAAAAUUUCAAACCAAGCCUUUUGCUUUCAAAUCACACUGAUGAACAAUAUCCACACAAUACAGUGCCAAAUCUGUCCAGAGAAAAGUCUAAACUAGCAUUCUCCAUGAGCAGCUUCACUGAAAUGAACACCAACUUUGGAUUCAAUCUCUACAGGAAAAUAGCAAUGAAGCAUGACAACAAUGUCUUUUUCUCACCAUUGUCACUAACCUUUGUUUUGUCAAUCUUUUUGUUGGCUUCCAAUGGGGAAACGCACAACCAAAUAGUUCACUCUUUGAACCUCCAUCUUCUGAAAGGAAAAGAGAACCAGCUCCCAGCAUUUUGCCAACAACUAAGGGACAACAUCACCAAAAAUCAAGAGUUCAGCCUUUUGCAGAAUAGCUUCUCUUUCAUCCAGAAGGACUUCCAAAUCAAGGAUGCCUUUCACAAUUUGUCCAAACAAUACUUUGAUAUGGAAUUUCUGAUGGUGGAUUUCCACAACUCUACUCUUGCCAAAAACAUUGUCAAUGAGCACAUCAAACAAAAGACGAGAGGGAGAAUACCCGCAAUGUUUGAUGCAUUUGAUCAGCAAGCUAAAAUCAUUCUGGUGAAUUACUUUCUCUUUAGAGGGAACUGGCUACAGCCAUUUUCUACCAGGUUCACAGAAGUAGAAACCUUCUAUAUAGAUAACUACAGGAGUGUCCAGGUGCCAAUGAUGUUCAAGACAGAGCGGGUUGCCUCCACAUUUGAUAAGAACUUACAGUGUGUUGUACUAAAGCUUCCCUAUAAAGGGAGUGCGCACAUGCUGAUUGUCAUGCCAGAGGAGGAAGCUGAUUUUAUGGACCUUGAAGACCAUUUAACAAUUGAACUUGUGGAGUCUUGGUUGAAAGCCAUGGAGAUCAGGAAAAUGGACAUCUACUUUCCAAAGUUCAAAUUAGAUCAAUCAUACCAUAUAGAAGAGUUGCUUCAAGAUAUGGGAAUUAAAGACCUUUUUUCUUACAAAGCAGACCUGAGCCACCUCACAGAUCAGAGAUACGUGAAAAUAUCACAGGUUCUCCAAAGAGCUGUUAUUGAAGUGGAUGAAAAAGGAACCGAAGCCGCAGCAAUCAGUGGCUCAGAAAUUAUAGCAUAUUCCUUGCCUUCUACAGUACGGGUGAAUCGGCCAUUCCUUUUCAUGAUUUAUGAAGAGACAUCAAAUGCCUUGCUGUUUAUGGGCAGAGUUAUCAACCCAACUGAGUUGUGAAUAAAAGCCAAACAUUUUCA